AUGGCAAUGCCAUUCUUGCGAAAGGUCGGCAGCUACCUAGCGCCUCCUGCUUCGCAAAGCGAAGAUGGUCGUGAUCAGUGGCCUUCCAGAGCAGCUUUUCUUCUCGCUGCCAUGGGUGGUUGCGCCGGCCAGGGCAAUUUGCUUAGAUACCCUAGUGUUCUCUACAACAACUAUGGCCUCCAAUGGUUCAUCCCGUACCUGCUGGCUGUUUUUCUCAUUGCUAUCCCGGCCCUUAUCUUGGAAGUAUCCAUUGGCCAGGCGUAUCGUGGUGGCACUGUAAUUGCUUUCAACAAUAUAAACGCGCGUCUAAAAGGCGUGGGUAUGGGCCCUGUGAUCGUCAGUUUCCUCGUCGUACAAUACUUUACUGUCAACCUGGCUUGGAUCAUGAGAUACUUCCAAGAAAGCUUCACCAGUCCCUUGCCGUGGACCAACCGCAUCGAUGACUUCUACUACAACGACGUUCUCCAGCGUGGAGAAAUCAACGAGGGAAGCCUGAGCGCGGAUGGCAAUUCCGUUCUCUCAUUCACUGGAUACCCCAACGGCGCUCUUAUCGGCGAAACCGUCGGCUGGAGCAUCUUUGUCUGGUUUCUUAUUUGGAUCUCGAUUUUCCGUGGAGUCGGCAUGACCGGACGCGUCGUCUACUUCACAAUGGGUUUACCCAUCGUCACCACCAUCAUCUUCGUCGGGCGCGCGCUAUCCCUUCCUAAUGCGAGGGAAGGAGUGGACCUCGUGUGGAGAACGUGGAGGAGCGAUCAGCUUGCCUCUGGCGUUGUCUGGCAGACGGCUGUUGGUCAGGUCUUCUUCUCCACUGGUAUCGGCUUCGGGUAUUUCACCUCGUACGCUAGCUACAACACGAAGCAUGCCAACGCCGUUAUGGACGCCUGCCUCAUCUGCGGUAGCAACGUGUUGUUCGAGAACUUCGCUGCGUUCGCCGUCUUUGGCGUCGUCGGGUACCUGCGAAGGUGGCCGCAGGAUGGCGUUCGUCUCGGUGCUUUUGUCGUAGGGUUCCUCACGCUGCCUGAAGCUGUGUUGCAAAUGCCUGGAGCAAACUUCUGGGCCGUACUUCUCUUCUUCACGCUCAUUGUUCUUGGCUUCAGCUCCGCUUUUGUCAUGCUCGACGUUGUUGUUACGUUAGUUUGUGAUUCUGGCAUGACGAAGGCUUCGAGACCGGUUGUUGUCACCGCGCUGACAGUGCUUUCCUUCUUGAUGUGUCUGCCAUACUGCACAGAGUUUGGUUACUACCUCCUCGAUGGCAUCGAUCGCUGGGUGAACAAUGUAGCUCUCAUCUUCGUCGUCUGGAGCGAAGUAUCAAGCGCCACGACCGUCUACCGCUGGCGCGACAUCGUCGAUCAAACCGGUCUCCCCGCCUUUAUUGUCUACAACAUUGGUUUCUUUGGUGGCCAGAUUUUUGGCAUCAGCCUUGCGCACGGUAUCAGCCAACCCGGAGCUGGCGCUGGGGCAGGAAUCGGAUUCUACGUCCUCAUGGCCAUUGUAGCUGUCAUCGUCGCACGGCCUCCCGUUGCGCGCGCGCCGAGUUUCUGGAACGCGAAUCCCUUCAUCAGGAAAUUCUGGUUCUUGGCGUUCUAUUCUGGUAACCAAUUACGAAGGGACCUUAAUGUUAUCGUCGGUCAGGGCAAGAACUGGAAGAUACCAGCUUUUAUGCCGUUCCUUCUGAGGUACCUCAGUGGACCUGUCCUCGCCAUCAUCUUUAGCUUCGCGUUCCCGGAAUUUCACACUCUGAGAUACGAUCCCAUGAUGAUUGCUGGAUUCAUCUUGUCGAUACUCACAAUUAUUGUCGUUCUGUUCGGCUUGGUCAUGCCGAGAUACUACGUUGUCUUUAUUCCCGCCCACCGACGACUUGAAGGAACAGAACCGACGGUGGCGAUGCAAACCAAGGGCGAACUGGCGGGUAGACCGGUUGCUGAGAUGUUGAACGCGGAGCAGGGGCUUCCUUCGCCGCCACCAUACUCGCACGAGCCGGGUCAUUCGGGCUUUAUGAGAGACUCGUCUUCGGGGCAAGAGGUGGAAGAUGAUAAGCAUGUUAAGACGACUGGAUUGAAGUAA